AAGCUUCGGAGCGGCUGGAGCGCGGGCCUCGGAGCGCCCCCAGGAUCGGCGCAAUAAGGCGCUUCCCCACUCCCGGCCCGACCCCCCGCGUCCUCUCGCCGCGCCUGAGCGCCAACUUCGCCAAGAACGCUCCUAACUCUAGGCCAUCCUGCCUGGCAGAGGGGGCGCUGCUGCUGGGCAUCAGCCUUAAGGACGCACCCCUGGCCCCGGGGAGGAAGCCGGCAUCUGCGGGGUCGCUCGGGCGCUCCUGAGUGGGCGGCGGCAGCAGGCGCCUCUCUGGGGAGUCCAGGACCUGCCAGCGCUGGGGAUUGUUCCCGGGCCGGCGCUGGCCCUCUGGUUUAUGGAGCUUGGGCCCGGGCCCCAGCCCUGUAGAGGCUGUGGAGGUCUUCGGUCCGGAAGCCUGGUUCCCAGCCCCGUGGCCCAUCCCUGGCUGCGGGGAGCGCAGGCUGCCACGACGUAGCGGUGGCCGGCAGCGGCCCCCUCCCGGCAGCGAACCAUGGGCCAGAAGCUCUCAGGGAGUCUCAAGUCGGUGGAGGUGCGAGAGCCGGCGCUGCGGCCGGCCAAGCGGGAGCUGCGGGGCGCAGAGCCCGGGCGGCCGGCGCGGCUGGACCAGCUGCUGGACAUGCCGGCGGCGGGGCCAGCUGUGCAGCUGCGGCACGCCUGGAACCCCGAGGACCGCUCGCUCAAUGUCUUCGUCAAGGAUGACGACCGGCUCACCUUCCACCGGCACCCGGUGGCGCAGAGCACCGACGGCAUCCGUGGCAAGGUGGGCCACGCCCGCGGCCUGCACGCCUGGCAGAUCCACUGGCCCGCCCGGCAGCGCGGCACCCACGCGGUAGUCGGCGUGGCCACGGCGCGGGCCCCCCUGCACUCCGUGGGCUACACGGCGCUGGUGGGCAGUGACGCGGAGUCGUGGGGCUGGGACCUGGGCCGCAGCCGCCUCUACCACGAUGGCAAGAACCGGCCCGGCGUGGCCUACCCGGCCUUCCUGGGGCCCGACGAGGCCUUCGCGCUGCCGGACUCGCUGCUGGUCGUGCUGGACAUGGACGAGGGCACGCUCAGCUUCAUCGUGGACGGCCAGUACCUCGGCGUGGCCUUCCGAGGCCUCAAGGGCAAGAAGCUGUACCCGGUGGUGAGUGCCGUGUGGGGCCACUGCGAAGUCACCAUGCGCUACAUCAACGGCCUUGACCCCGAGCCCCUGCCGCUGAUGGACCUGUGCCGAAGGUCGGUCCGCUCUGCGCUGGGCCGCCAGCGCCUGCAAGACAUCAGCUCCCUGCCCCUGCCUCAGUCUCUCAAAAACUACCUGCAGUACCAGUGACCCUGGGCGCCGAAGGGCGGCGUGGACAUGUCCUGCAGGGCCGCGCCACCCGCCUGGCAUUCAUGGUCACGUGACACAUUGGGGAGGAGGGCUCCCCUCACCCUGGUUCCCCGGGACAUUCAGUUCUCUGAAAGGCCAGGACAUGGUACCAACUUUGGAAACGAAAUAUCCGUCGCCAACAGUCCCUGCUGCCCUCGGAGCAGCCCUGCCGAUGCAGACACCCCCUUGGGAGCCACACAGAACCUGGAGCCUGGAGCCUGCGCCUGGAAACCCUGCCGGCCGGCCAGGACACAGCGCCACCGUAUCGAUCAGAGAGCCUCAUGCAAGAGAAUGAAUAAAACAUUCAGGCAGGAGACUUUCUUCCGUGUGCCCCGGUGCAGACAGGGCCGGGGGAAAUUGCCUCUGAAUAAUGAAUGACGAGAGCGGCUUGGUGCCACGUCCCUCCCGGCCCCCACCCUGCCCCGGGCAGCAGGAUUGCCAUGACUUUGUGCCACUUGAAGAGACUGUUCCCAGGAUGCCCAACCACAGAAUUGGCACAUGGACAAAGCAAUGUGCAGACACUUCUGCUUACCUCUUUGAACAUUGUUUACUUGCCCCUCUCCAAGUGCCCUCCCUCCCGGCCACCCAUGCUCAGUUCUCUGGACGCCCCAGACACCUCUCUGCAGGGAAGAUGGGUCUGAGUGACUCUGACUCACUCCAGGGACAGGGCAUCCUUGUUAUUAUUUUAAGUAGCAUUUGCAUUUUAAAAGAGGAGUGUGGAGAGGACAGUAUUUAGUCCAAAGGUGCUAAUGGGGGAACUGGGGGCAAUGUGACACCCAAGCCUGGUGAUGUCCCCGGGCUGGAGACCCUUCCUGGAGUGUCGAGGGUCUCUGGGCAGCCGUCCAUUCAGGGUGCAGCUUGGCUGUCGCAAAGCUUUAUCUGAGUGAAUUAUUUUUUCACUUUAGGAGACUUCCCCGAGUUUGUUUCCUGUUUCCCGUGUGUGUGUGUGAUGUGCUGUGUAUUUAUCAGCUUGGGGUCCGUGGGGGUAGCCUUGUGACUGGAAGGGGGGAUGUGGGACGCAUUCUCUGCCCACUCCCAGCCUGGUCCUCUCACGGGAGUGCUGCCACCGCCGCUGCUGCUGCCGCCACCGCCGCUACCAUUUGGCAUCUUGUAUGUUUUGGACCCUCUCUAGCCAGACUCAUUUGCAACUGAAAAUCGUCACAGCAGUGAGAUUCAGAGCCCCAGAGGGCACUGCCUCCCCCGCCUCCCACCGACUUUAAUGUGAAUUUGACUGAUGAAUGAGGAGCGUUUCUAAUAAAGUUUGCCAUUCGG